GAGAAGAGAGACCUUAAAUCUCCACCAAAAGUCACAAUCACAUUCCUGCCUUUUUGAACUCUCAUUCACUCCGCAGACUGCGUGUCGUCAAAACCACCAAAAGUCUCCUGCCUCCCAGCCCUCGAAAGAAAAAUUACUACUACUCCUCAUCCCCGCACUUAAAUAAAAACCCAGUUAACACCAAUUUUAUCAACAAAGUAAGUAAUUCGCACGAUAAAAUUAUACAUAAAAAAACGUGAUUUGUUUCAUUUUAUGAUCGAACAAAAAAAAGUGUCGUGUCGCCGGUGCCGGUAAAAAAUCAGACCUUUUUUCCCUAAAAGUGUACGAAUUUAAGUGAUGGUCAGACAGGCUGAACCACAUUCUUCUUCCUACGGAAAAAAUAAUGGCAACGUCAAAGUCGUAAAGACUUCAAACGCCGGAUUUUCCGUGGAUGGAUAUGUACUAUAUGUAGAUCAGCAAGUAGUGGUUCAUUUCGUUCGGUGAGAAGAUGGCCACAUAAUAAUUCCAGGAAAACUCGGGCCACGACUUUCCCCUGAUUUAUGAAUAUAUCUCUCAUUUCGCCAAAGUAUAAGUGGAUCCCGCCCCCUGCAUGAUUCAUUUAUUUGUCGCGUCGUGUCGCAAAUCAGGGCGGAAGGAAGUGCUGGGAACCCUUGGCAAAUUACGGAUUAUUUGGCUCCCGGCCACCACACAGAAUAUAACCAUCAUCUACUUGAUGCACAAAUAAAUCCUAAUGUAACGAGUUCAUCCCCGCACUUCGUCGCCAAAGGAAUACUUUCAGGACACGUAGGGACACGCUUAAUAAACGGGAUGGAGGAGUCCUCCUACGUGCCUAACUCGUCCAUCCCACCCGCACUGGUCGUCUUUUCGCAGGGAGGCUGUUACGGGGAUGCCAUCAGAAUGCAGAGGCCAUUCGGUGCUCAGUCAUCCGACGCGAAGGACUUGAACCUGUCGUCCUUGUCCCCUUCAUCCUUCGGCCUUCGCCCCAUGGACUCGUACCCUGGCCUCCCCGCGGGCCUGGUCCACCUGCAAAACCCAUUUCUCCACCCCGCCCUCGAAGCCCGUCUCCCCUUCGGCACUGGUGCGGGGGCAUUUCGACCCGUCGUCACCUCGUCGUCCUCCUCCUCCUCGACCGGAGGGGACGACCGCAUCAUCAAAAACCUCCCCUCCGCCUUCUCCACCCCGAGUUUGUCGAAUCGCAGGAAACUGGAGGCAUUAGCGGCCGCCGCGGCGGCAGAAGAGCAGCAACACAACAGCCGGAAUUCUCGCCCUUCCGCCGGCGGCGACAAUUUCGCCCAGGGGGCAAGCGGCAUGGAAAAGUCGUAUCUUUCCAAUGGGAAUAACAACAAUCAUCGCCACCGGUCCUGCUCUCCCGUCAACUGCUCCCCCAACAAUGCGGCCGGGCGGGCAGAGAAGCAUGAAGAUCGCGACGGAGAAGGCGACUACGAGGGACGCGACAACGUCAAUGGCACCCCCAAUUCCGACAUCACCGACAGAUCAACACCGGAUGAGGGCCACAUUUCGUCUAAAAGACGACGACGCCACGGCGAAAUUCCUUGCCCCGUCUGCAAGCUCUCCUUGCACCCCAUGGAUCUAGAGUCUCACCUCCUGAACGAGGUUGAACAGCUCAUCUGCAUCAGCCAAAUCAGGCGACAGGCGCAACUUCACCUCCGCAGCGGAGAACCGUUACCCUGCUCGUCGCGAGAUUCGCCCAGCAACAAAAAAGAGGGGGAAUUGUCGCAGGAUUCGAGAUGGGAUACGUAUCAACGAGUCAGAAAUAAUCGUCAUUCUCGCCUCCGCCUGAAAACUCGGCGGCGUCGCGAGGAGAGCGGAGGCAGUGGGCCGAGCCACCCGCAAGUCAACUUUUCCAUGUGUCGGAUGCAACUGCACGGCUCGAAUGAGCAGUUGUCGGGUCAUUUAGAUGUCAGAAAGAACGGCGAGAUUGAAGAGGACGACGAGCCGGUGGACAUUGAAGGCGACGAGGACAAUGAUUCCAGAGACGCGAAUGAGUACGAGUGGGGCAACAGGAGGAUAUUGAAGUCUAGUCAUAACUCGUCAAUGACCGCGAUAAACAUGACGACCUCGAAGCGACGGGAUGAGGAGAUUGACGUCGACGGGGAUGAGAUCUCGGCGUACGGAUGUCCCCAAUAUUGCGAGGCCGAUAUUCAGGCCGUGUUAAAGAAGUCCCCAUCCCCGUCGAAGGAGCAGGAUGGUGCAAAUCACUCCAAAGAAAACAAGUGCAGGUAUGAUGAGGACUCGUCGGAUGCUGGUGGUGGGCGAGGUGUUGGUCCUGUCAACGAUAAUAUCAACCUCCGCAUGGUCAUUCACGCCUUGAGGACGAGGAUUCGUGAAAUGGAGAAGGAAACGACGACCACGGGUGUCCCCAAUGACGGCACCCAUUGUCACGUUUGCAGCGGAAGCUGUAAGAAACCCGUGGUAUCCAUAUCAUGCUGGCACGUGCAUUGCGAAAAGUGUUGGUUGCGAAGUUUGGGGAGUAAGAAACUUUGCCCUCAAUGCAACAUGAUCACAGCAACGUCGGAUCUCCGGCGGAUCGUGUUAUGACGCCAGUACAAUUUUGAUCCCUAAAUUAAGAUCGCUCCGAAUGGACGAGAUGAAAGAGAAGCUGCUAAAAAUUCUCAACAUGCCUGCUAAUUAAACUACACACACACAAAGAAUAACCACACAAAUCAGCCGCCGAGUCAUCAAUAUUAAUAUUAAUUACUGUCACUAACUAACUAAAUAUUUGAAUGGUUAAGAAUGACGUUGCUAAUUUUUAGAGAAAUGUUUAACACUAAAGAUAAUUGUUUAUCAUGAUUCCCUGCAUGAUAAGCCAAACUAAAAAAUCUUACACAAACAAAACACACAUCCAUCGCCACGUACGUAAUAAAAUCACAAAUAUUAUGAUAAUACUGCAUGAGUGUAAUUUUACCUAGAAGAGUAAUGCACACAAUAAUAAUAUUUCUAUGAAUUCUACAUACAUACAUAAAUAUCUUUAUUGUUGCAUCCUGAAAAAAAAUCAUCAUCUCAUCAAUACUUAUUAUUACCCCGUGUUUCGUGAACUAUUUCAUUUAUAAAAUAAUAAUAAAAUGGAUUAAAAACAAUCUGUUUUGA